CAGCGGAUACAGUUGAACUCAUACGCAGCAGUGGAGCACACUGACAGCAUCACUGUUUGAACUGUACUGGGGCAGGGAUUCAAUGAGGAUGGGGGAAAUAGCAGUCCGUUACGGAUUUCUUUUACUGUGCGUGUUCCAGCUCGGGGUUAGAGCCAGUACUUUAUUCAACAAGUACAACGUGCAGGAGCUGUCCAGUCUGAAGGAUUUAAUUGAGCGUCUAGAAGAGAAACUCUCCCCAGAUGAGGAGAGCGACGUGUACGCGGGAUCUGAAGACCUGGUCAACAAUCCAGAAGACGACGUUGAUCUGAUCUUGGACAAUGUUAGGAAACAAGCCGAGAAAGAGUUUUAUAAACCGGCUGGUUUUCGGGAGGUAAACACGCAAAGGGGCAGGCUCCGGAGUAUUGCGACUUCAGCCAGAAGCAUGAACGGUUGCUUUGGAAACCGGAUUGAAAGAAUCGGCUCUUUGAGCUCGCUAGGGUGCAACAACUCCAGAUUUGGUUCAAAGAAAAGGAUAUUUUAGUGGAAACUGAACGACCGUCUCUCCAUUGACUUCAGGACUUUAAUCAUUUGUGCAGAAGAUGGAUGUGACAAGACUCCCAUUGUUACGCGUGUGCGCUAUAGGAGAAGUCAUUGUUUCCACACACUGGAAAACAAACAUAUAUUUAUGCUGUAAUUAUGUAUGUUAGUUAGUAUUGGCCCUGUUAUACAGUUUGGAUGUAAAGGUUGACCUUACAGGAAAAACGGUUCAAAUUGAAUGAUUUUCUUUUAAUGGUUAAAAAUGAUCACCCGUGUUUUCUAAAGGUGUGCAGUUCUGCAUGGAGUUUCUAUAUACAUGUAAUGUAUAAUAUUUAAGCGUUCACGCGAGUUCUGUAUUCAGCUGUUAUUUGAAUAAAUGAGAUGUCCUUGUACUUGGAGUGGCAAUGUAGAAAUUAUAUUUGUAAUAAACGACUUUAACGUA